AUGAAGAAAAGUAGGAGUGUAAUGACUGUCCCUACAGAAGGUAUUGCUAAAGAUUAUUUAGAAUGUCAUCUCAGCAAGUCUUAUAGUGCAUCCAACAACACCCUUGGCAUAGAUCUCUGGAGGGGAAGAAGGUGCUGCUCUGCUAAUUUAUUAUUACCACCAUUAUCUCAACGACAGAGUGAAAAAGCAAGAACACCAGAUAACAUUUCUAGACCCACAACUUUGCCUUUAUUGACUCUUCCUAGUAUUGCCAUCACUACUUAUCAGGAUAGCUUUGAUGUCGAAAAUGGCCCUUCACCUGGUCGUAGCCCACUUGAUCCUCAGGCCGGCUCUUCUUCAGGGCUUGUGCUUCACACCACAUUUCCAGGGCACAGCCAGCGUAGAGAAUCAUUUCUUUAUCGAUCAGACAGUGACUAUGACCUGUCACCAAAGACCAUGUCACGGAAUUCUUCUGUUCCAAGUGAACAACAUGGAGAUGACCUGAUAGUGACACCAUUUGCACAGGUCUUGGCAAGUUUGAGAAGUGUAAGAAAUAAUUUUACAGUACUGACUAAUCUGCAGGGAACAUCAAACAAGAGGUCUCCAGCAGCAAGUCAGCUACCCAUCUCCAAAGUAAACAUUCAAGAAGAAUCUUAUCAAAAAUUAGCAAUGGAAACUUUGGAGGAAUUGGACUGGUGUUUAGACCAACUUGAAACUAUUCAGACUUAUCGAUCUGUUAGUGAGAUGGCAUCCAAUAAGUUCAAGAGAAUGUUAAACCGGGAGCUGACACAUCUUUCAGAAAUGAGCCGAUCAGGGAAUCAAGUCUCUGAAUAUAUUUCUAAUACUUUCCUAGACAAGCAGAAUGAUGUGGAGAUUCCUUCUCCUACACAGAAGGAAAGAGAGAAAAAGAAGAAACAACAGGUUAUGACACAGAUCAGUGGUGUAAAAAAAUUAAUGCACAGUUCAAGCUUGAAUAACACUAGUAUUUCAAGAUUUGGUGUGAAAACAGAAAAGGAAGAUCAUUUAGCUAAGGAGCUUGAAGAUCUGAAUAAAUGGGGAUUGAAUAUAUUUAAUGUUGCAAGAUACUCACACAGUAGACCUCUCACUUGCAUUAUGUAUGCAAUUUUCCAGGAAAGAGAUCUACUGAAGACAUUCAAAAUCUCAUCAGACACCUUUAUAGCUUACACAAUGACUUUGGAAGACCACUACCAUACAGAUGUAGCUUACCAUAAUAGUCUCCAUGCAGCUGAUGUUGCCCAGUCUACUCAUGUUCUUCUGUCCACACCAGCUUUGGAUGCUGUAUUCACUGAUUUAGAAAUUUUGGCAGCAAUUUUUGCAGCAGCAAUUCACGAUGUAGAUCACCCUGGUGUCUCCAAUCAGUUCCUCAUUAACACAAAUUCUGAACUUGCUUUAAUGUACAAUGAUGAGUCCGUCUUGGAAAACCACCAUCUUGCGGUUGGUUUUAAGCUUCUACAAGAAGAGCAUUGUGACAUCUUCCACAAUCUGACCAAGAAACAACGUCAAAGUCUCAGGAAAAUGGUGAUUGACAUGGUCUUGGCAACGGAUAUGUCCAAGCACAUGUCGCUUCUGGCAGAUUUAAAGACGAUGGUAGAAACUAAAAAAGUUACUAGUUCUGGAGUCCUCCUACUUGAUAACUACACUGAUAGAAUACAGGUUCUCCGAAAUAUGGUCCAUUGUGCUGAUUUAAGUAAUCCUACAAAAUCUCUUGAACUCUAUCGGCAGUGGACAGAUAGAAUUAUGGAGGAGUUUUUCCAGCAAGGGGACAAAGAACGGGAGAGGGGAAUGGAAAUCAGCCCAAUGUGUGACAAGCACACAGCUUCUGUGGAGAAGUCUCAGGUGGGAUUCAUUGAUUAUAUUGUUCAUCCACUGUGGGAGACUUGGGCAGACCUAGUACAGCCCGAUGCUCAAGAUAUUUUGGAUACCCUGGAAGACAACCGUAAUUGGUAUCAAAGUAUGAUCCCUCAGAGCCCUUCCCCUCCCCUUGAAGAACGCAACCAAGACUGUCAGGGCCUGAUGGAGAAGUUCCAGUUUGACCUUACUCUUGAAGAGGAAGACUCUGAUGGGACCGAGAAGGAGAGUGACAGUAUCCAUUAUUACAGCAGCACCAAGACACUUUGUGUCAUUGACCCAGGAAAAAGGGAUUCCCAGCAGGACACUAAUAUAGAGAUUGUGACAAAAGAUGCAUCGCCGAUUGAUACUUAACACACUGUAUUCGUCAUGGUGGUUUUAUUCAUGCACGUGCAGCUUGUCUCAUGUGCUAUAGCCUGAAAGUCUGGCUCUUAGGCCAGCACCUGUUAUUGGCUAGAAGACUUUCCAAUUACUCGAGAUUGGAGUCAGGGUUAAAGAGUGUGUAAUGACUGCUCAGGAAUUAACAGGUGAUAUCUACUGCAGCUUCAGUUUUAUCAGCCAAAAACAAAAUGAACCUGGUGAUAGGGAGGCAGUGUGAGCUGUUACUGAACAAGCCCACUGGGGAAUGACACACAAUCAUAAUAUUUUUUAUUCCUAAUAGAUUCUGACAUCCGGUUUGGUCCAACAGCUCAAAAUACGGUUUCGUGAUUUUGCAUUUAAAAGUUGUGCACCUGUCUCAGACCCGUGUGCCUUUUUUAUAAAUACUUCCACAUCUUUUCGAGACGCCUAGUAAAUACACAACAAAACUUGUUUGAUACCAAUAUAUAUUUUAUAUUAUUAUUAAUCCUGUUUAAUGAAGAAAGUCUUCCUCUCUAUGGGCAAUACUUGUGUUUUACCGCAGUUUAAUUGUUUUGACUCACUAAAUAAAGCAGGGUGCCCUCCUCCUUGCAUUGCCACAUCACUGGUCACUUUAUUAGUCCCACAAAAUCUAGGUUUCUCCUGUGUUACUUGCCACACAUGAACAAAUGGCUUUCCACGCAACUGUUUUUGUCUUUUGUUGUACACAGGAUAAAGUAGCUUUGCAUUCUCAUUAGACAAUGCAGUACAUAUAAAAACCAACGUGUUGUAAUAUGAUGGACAAUCUCCCCUUAAAAAAAAAAAUACAAAGCUCAGUGGAAUUUUUGUGUUUGGUCCUACUGUGGUUUCCCCCACCCCCCACCCCAUUCUUCAUGUUCGCAAGACUGAGUCUCUUUUUCUCCUCCUCACUUGCCUUGAGCUAUUACACGUCCAGUACUGUUUAUAACAGUGUAUUUAUUAUGUAUUGUAUAUAAUGUAAUGUUUUGUAAGUAUUAAUUUAUAUGAAUUAACAUUGCCAGUCAGUGGUGAUGUUAUUUGUGUAGAAGACUCUGAAUGAGAGUUGCCUUUCUUGUAAUUUUUUUGUACUGCGUAAAAUGGAAAGAACCUGAGCACAGUGAAAGAGACAUAUGGAACCCAGCAAGGGCAUUCAGACAUUGGCUCCCAUUGGAUUUCAUUUUCAUUUGCAUUCUGGAAAUCGGGGUUUGGUAACUGGUGAGGAUUUAGGAUGGUUUGUUCAGCAGAAUUGAAACUACUGAAAGGUUGAAAAGGACGCGCCCCAGUAAAUCCCACAAAACCUUCUGUCAUUUUCCAAUUUUUUAAAUCAGCCAAUGUGAGUUUCUAUGACAAAAUGUGAACUGAUACUAUAAUUGUGCUGUGAAACCUCUUCCAACAAAGCUUGUGAGGCAUGUAUACGGUGCCGAUUUGUAAAGCUAUUUUUCAAGCUUUCGGUCCAACUUGUGACUAACUAGUUGAUGAAAAUAGCACAACUGUGCAUGAUACAUGGGUUUAUAUGUCUGUUGAACACUGCAUUGUUCCAGGUGGUUAUUUUAUUGUUUGAAAGUUUCACACAAUGUAUGUUGUUAUAGUAUUAUAUAUUGUGUUGAGAUGCAUUCUGAAGAGAUUUUUAUAUGAAGUGAAUAAAUGAAAGCAUGAUUUAG